AUGGCCGACACGGAAAAAGCAGACCUCCCAGCCGAGCCGCAGGCCCGACAUGUAAUUUACUGUGGUGUUUGUACUCUUCCACCAGAAUACUGCGAAUAUGGAGGAACCGUCAAGAAAUGCCAGGAAUGGCUGGAAAACAAUCACCGAGACAUGUACGACAGAAUCUGGUCCGCGGAGGCACUGGAAGCCGCCACGGCGUCCCUAUCUGUGGAUGCGCAAAAGCGAGCCGCUAAGGAUGCGCAAAAGAAGGCUGCAAAGGCCGAGGCCGCAGAGGCGAAACACGCAGACAUGGUUGCCAAUAGCGUCGUCACGAUUAAGCGUAUCGAGCGAAACAAGAAGAAGUUUGUCACGGCAGUCAUCGGACUGGAGGCUUUUGGGCUGGACUUGAAAAAGGUGGCUAAGGACCUGGGCAAGAAGUUCGCCACCGGUUCAUCAGUCACUAAACUGCCGAGUGGAGGUGAGGAAAUCGUGGUACAGGGUGAUGUUAGCCAUGAGCUGGAGGAGUUCAUUCUGGAAAAGUACAAGGAGAUACCCGAGAACAACAUUGAGCUGGUGGAUGACAAAAAGAAGAAGAAGGCAGCGGCGUAG